AUGCUGGGAGUUGUAGUGACCUGUCCUUUCCCGGCAGUGAAGGACUAUGACCGCGCCGUCCAGUACUACACGGAGGCCAUCGCCCUCAAUCCCAACAACGCCAUUUACUACGGCAACCGCAGCCUGGCGUACCUGCGCACCGAGUGCUAUGGCUACGCCUUGGCCGACGCCUCCCGCGCCAUCCACAUCGACGCCAAAUACAUCAAAGGGUACUACAGGCGGGCCGCCAGCAACAUGGCGCUGGGGAAGCUGAAGGCCGCGCUCAAGGACUACGAGACGGUGGUGAAGGUCCGCCCCAAUGACAAGGACGCUCAGAUGAAGUUCCAGGAGUGCAGCAAGUUGGUGCGGCAGAAAGCGUUUGAGCGAGCGAUUGCCUGCGACCAACACAACCGAUCCGUGGUCGACUCUCUGGACAUUGAAGGAAUGACCAUAGAGGACGAGUACUCGGGGCCGCAGCUGCAGGACGGGAAGGUCUCCUUGGAUUUCCUGGUGGAAUUGAUGACGUUCUAUAAAGAGCAGAAGAAGCUGCACAGGAAGUACGUGUAUCAGAUAUUGGUCCAGGUGAAGGAGACUCUGGCUCAGCUGCCCAGCCUGGUGGAGGUGUCCUUGGAUAAGUCUCAGCAGGUGACGGUAUGCGGGGACACACACGGACAAUUCUAUGAUCUGAUGAACAUCUUCCAGCUCAACGGCCUCCCGUCAGAGAGCAACCCCUACAUCUUUAAUGGGGACUUCGUGGAUCGCGGCUCGUUCUCGGUGGAGGUUAUAGUGACUCUCUGCGGCUUCAAGCUUCUCUAUCCGGCCCACUUCCACCUACUGAGAGGGAACCAUGAGACUGACACCAUGAACCAGAUGUACGGCUUCGAGGGCGAGGUGAAGGCCAAAUACUCCACCCAGAUGUUCCAGCUCUUCAGUGAAGUCUUCCAGUGGCUGCCGCUGGCCAUGUGUGUGAACCAGCGAGUUCUGAUCAUGCAUGGCGGGCUCUUCUCUGAGGACGGGGUGACGCUGGAGCAGAUCCGGAACAUCGAACGGAACCGCCAGCCGCCAGACGCAGGUCCCAUGUGUGACUUGUUGUGGUCGGAUCCCCAGCCUCAGGACGGGCGCUCUCCCAGUAAGCGCGGUGUCAGUUGUCAGUUUGGACCGGACAUCACCCGCCACUUCCUGGAGGAGAACGGUCUGGAUUACAUCAUCCGCAGUCACGAGGUGAAGGCGGAGGGAUACGAAGUGACGCACAACGGUCUCUGCGUGACCGUCUUCUCCGCGCCAAACUACUGUGACCAGAUGGGUAAUAAAGGUGCAUAUAUACAUCUCAGUGGCUCCGACCUGAAGCCAAAAUUUCACCAAUUUGAAGCUGUGGUGAGUCCUUCCUCUCCGGUGUGCUGCCCUGUGUCUGCUCUACAUAGCGCCCCCUCUGUGUCGUCAUAG